AUGGAGACGCGCCCAAGUCACUGGUUUGCCUUCAUUUUGUGGAUUUGGCUCAGCGUUCUAACUUCACUCCUUGGCGUAACGCAGGCAGAGGUGAGGUGCAUUCCCUCCUGUCAGUUACCGCCAGUCUCAGCAUCACCACAAGAGCUGUCCGCAUUGGAUUUGAUUAGUUUUGACGAGUUACAAAGUGAGGAAAUUGAUGGAUCUGUGGAAGCGCUUCCUCGACGCAAGGACGCAAACGGAGGGAAUGUAAAUAACAUUAAUACGGAUUCGAGUGAAGAAAGUUCAUCCAAAGUACAGGGGCAAUCGGGGGGAAAUAACUGCGCGCAAAACAAAGACCAGAAACUUCUAAAAGUGGCCACAUCAAUUGAUUCAAGUGUGUUAGACCGCGGCAACCGAACCAAAAGUAGCAGCGGGGUAGACGGGGAAAGUAAAGUGGGAUAUUUGGAGCGGAGUAAUGUGACUGAAAAUGAGGACAAGGUUGUGACCAGCGCGAGCCAGAGCCGUGGACGUGGUGCCAGGAGCGCAGAGACUUGGUCCGAGUUUCGCCAAGAGGAUGCGAAGGAAGAUGCCGGUGAUGCUGCGUCUGAGGAGCCGGAGCAGUUCCAGCUCAUGCACACUACAUUCGCGCUCACUGGAGACACGGCACACAACCAGGCGAUGGUGCACUGGUCUGGGCAGAACAGCAGUGUGAUCCUCAUGUUGACAAAAUAUUACGACUUCAACACCGGCAGAGUGACGGAAAGCUCUUUGUGGAGGUCAACUGAUUACGGCACUACAUAUGAGAAGCUUAAUGAAAGAGUUGGACUGAAGACUGUUCUGAGCUAUUUGUAUGUGAGCCCCAACAACAAGAGAAAGAUCAUGUUACUGACUGACCCGGAGGUGGAGAACAGCCUGCUCAUUAGUCUCGACGAGGGGGCGUCCUAUCAGAAACACAGCUUAGCCUUUGAUAUCCUCAGCUUGCUUUUCCACCCAGAGCAGGAAGACUGGAUCCUGGCAUACAGUCAUGACCAGAAGCUCUACGUCUCAGUUGAGUUUGGGAGAAGAUGGCAGCUUGUGCAUGAUAAUGUGGUCCCCAAUAGAUUCUACUGGUCCAAAUUGGGCUUGGAUAAAGAACAGGGAAUGAUCCACCUGGAAAUCAGCGUUACAGAAGGAAGGUCGCAGUACAUAACUUGUAAACUCCAGAACUGCACCGAUGGAAACAAGGGCAAGCCUUUCCCUGGAUUUAUCAUCCCCGAUUCUCUGGUGGUUCAGGAUGAAUACGUUUUCAUCCAGGUGCCGAUAGGGAUCCAAUCUGUCCAUUAUGUGUCCUAUAAACGGAAUGCUUUCUACCCAAUGAAGCUUCCCAAGUACACCGUGCCAAAGGACCUGCAGAUAAUCAGCACGGACGAUAACCAGGUGGUAGCAGCCAUCCAGGACUGGCACCAGAACGACUCAUACCACCUGUACAUGUCCGAGUCCAGGGGGCUGUUCUUCACACUCAUGCUGGAGAGCGUAGUGAGCAGCGGAGGACCCGAGGGCAACAUCAUGAUUGACCUGUACGAGGUAGCUGGGAUUAAAGGGGUGUUCCUGUCGAAUAAGAUUGUGGAGAACCAAGUGAAAACGUACAUCACCUACAACAAGGGGAGAGACUGGCGGCUUCUGCAGGCACCAACCACUGAUCUCCAGGGAAACAAGGUCUAUUGUGAACAGCCGUACUGCUCCUUACAUCUGCACCUCCAUGUCUCCGAGAAUCCUUACACCUCUGGAAAUAUCGUCAGCAAAGACACGGCUCCUGGAAUUAUCAUAGCAUCAGGGGUGAUUGGACCAGAACUGACCAGUACCAAUGUUAGUGUAUUCAUCACAUCAGAUGCGGGGAACACAUGGAGAGAGGUCUUUCAGGAAGAGUACAGCGUGUUUUUCUUGAACCAAGGGGGAUCUCUGGUAGCCAUCCGGCACACACCUCUCCCAAUUAGGCACAUUUGGCUGAGUUUUGAUGAGGGCAGAAACUGGGACAAAUAUAGCUUCACCUCGUCUCUGCUCUAUGUUGAUGGGGUGCUAGGGGAGCCUGGAGAGGACACCCUUAUAAUGACAAUCUUCGGUCAUUUCAGUCAUCGAUCCGAGUGGCAGCUUGUCAAAGUGGACUUCCGGUCUAUCUUUCAGCACCGCUGCACCUCUGACGACUACACCAUGUGGCAAGUACACGACCAAGGCCAAGCAUGCAUCAUGGGAAUGAAGAGGGGUUUCCAAAAACUGAAAGCUAACGCGCGAUGUGUCAAGGCCAGAGAUCAGUACGUUCCUCAGAAGUCGGACUCCUGCCCGUGCACAGAGGCCGACUUUGAGUGUGACUAUGGAUUUGAGAGGCACUCGGAUGGCAGCUGCACACCAUCGUUCUGGUUCAUUCCUUCAGCCACAUCUAGAGACUGCAUCACUGGGGACACUUUCCUCAACACUACGGGGUAUCGCAGGGCUUUAUCUAACAACUGCACCGAGGGGAGUGGAUUGAAGUACAGCCCCAGGCGCCAGAAGUGUCCCAGCCAGUCCCCUAGAGGCCUGCAACUCUUCACCAGCGAGGGAACACCUGUGGCAGCCCUGGAAAACAACGUCACCUUCCUGGUUUUUCUGGAAGAGGGCCUCAGUUCCACUACAAGUAUCACGGUGGACUUCGGGGAUGGGACUGCCAUAUCCUAUGUAAACAUAAGCUCCAUAGAAGAUGGUGUCAAGCAUGUCUACAGCAAAGUUGGCAUCUAUCAAGUCUCAGCUACUGCCAGUAACUCCUUGGGGUCCGACAAGGCGACGCUAUACCUCCAUGUCACCUGUCAGCUUGAACAGGUGCAGCUUUCCGCUCCUUCUGUGGUGGUCAAGAGAAAGCCAGUAAAUCUCACAACCACAUUACGCCCGAGCCAAGUGGGGACAGUCACUUACUAUUGGUGGUUUGACAACAGAACAGAGCCUGUGGUGACCCUAAAUGGAGCCAUGACCUACACUUUCUCUAAAGUUGGAAGUCACACCGUCACGGUUCAAGCUUCACUGGCCAACACUGUCCAUCAGGAUCAGAUGACUAUUGCAGUCUACGAUUACUUCCGCUCCCAUGUUUUAGCCUUCUCUUCUAAUCUGGACGAGCUGAACCCCGGGGUGUCUGAGUGGAGAGAGGACAUCGGCAGAGUGGUGAAGAACUCCAUAGUCCAGGUCACAGGAAUCAGUGAAGAUCAGCUCUUGGUGGCAGUGCUCCCUGGUUUACCCACCACAGCUGAACUUUAUCUGCUACCAGAACGAGGAGCGAGAGGGGGCGCUGUGGAGGAAAAGUGGGCCAAUCUUGACCAGCUUUCUCAGGUCCUGCUAAGUGCUCUGAAUCAGGAUCUGGUCCAGUUUGCACUCAAGCCCGGCGUGCAGGUGAACGUCUACGCCACGCGCCUCUCUCCAGCUCCUCUAGUGGACAACAGUGAAAUAGUUCACAGCAGCACGGCCAUCAUAAUGCUGGUGUCUGUUGUUCUAAUGGUCUUGGCCAUUUUUGUCAUAUAUAAAUUCAAAAGGAAGAUCCCGGGCAUCAACACUUACACAGCAGAGCAGCCAGACAAAGAACAAGAGGUCAUCCCGACAGUGACCUCCAUAGCAGAGCCGGACCCGCAGGGAGACAAGCUGACCUCGCUGGACCGCGUGGAUGUUCACUUAGACUCCAAAAGCAGAGGCUACCUGCCAUCUCACGCAGACAUCAAACUCCCUGAUGAAGCGCCCCAUGUGUUUUAAUGGUGAGAGUCUAUGACCGCCUCCAAAGCAAUACAUCUUCUUUGGCAGUUACUUCCAGAAGCCCAUGAAUCCACGGUCACAAUGAACAGUCUCGGGUGUUUUGUGCCCAUGCAUGGACGGACCAGCUCACACUGUGCUGCCUAAUCCCUCCGAGGACACUGUACAGAUUUAUACUCGCUUCUGGAGGGGGACAAAAACUGGAACACUUUUUGACUGGAAAUACUUGUAUUUUUGCAAGGACGCUUGAUCUUUUUAUGUAAAUAAUGUACAUUCAUAAUGGA